CCUACUUCCCGACCCUCUCUCUCUUCUUGGUUUUCCUCUUAUCGCUCCUUCUCUCGUUCCACUCGCGCUCUCGCCGCCGACGACGGCGAGCGCGUGAGAUCGGAUCGGAAGCUCUGAAAUUGAAAAAGUUGGCAGCACUGUGGAUUGACUCGAGAACAUCCAGUAGUAAUGGAAUCUCGAGUAACUGAUUUGGGAUAUGGUGGAUAUGGACGUUGUCACUCUUCCAAUUCUUACAAGAGGUUAUCAGCUGUAAGCGGGAACUGUAAGGUGUUGAUGAGUAGGAAAAGAAAAACUCCUGACCCAAGUAUGCCAUGGAUGGGUGCUGAUAACUGUUCUGAGGCUAUUAUGGUCAGUGAGAAAUCAAAGCUGACAUCUGUAAUGGCAAAUGCUCCUAAGGAUAACACCUCAUGUAUGUCAAAAGGCCAGGAUGAGAAGGAUCAGAAAAUGGACAUUAGGACUGUGAGGCAGUGUGCCAUAAUAUUGAAAAAACUAAUGAGUCAUCAAGUUGGCUGGGUUUUCAACCAACCUGUUGAUCCGGUCAAACUGAAUAUACCUGAUUAUUUUUCUAUCAUUUCCAAACCCAUGGACUUGGGCACUAUAAAAGCAUAA